AGACAAGCCUCCAGGGCCUUCAGCCUCUACGCCAACAUCGACAUCCUCCGGCCGUACUUCGACGUGGAGCCCGUCCAAGUGCGAGCCAGACUGCUGGAAUCCAUGAUUCCCGUGAAAAUGAUUAAUUUCCCACAGAAGAUUGCAGGUGAGCUGUAUGGACCCCUCAUGCUGGUUUUCACCCUGGUGGCCAUCCUUUUGCAUGGGAUGAAGACCUCGGACACCAUCAUUAGGGAAGGCACACUGAUGGGCACAGCCAUUGGCACCUGCUUCGGUUACUGGUUGGGUGUCUCGUCUUUCAUCUAUUUCCUGGCAUAUCUCUGCAAUGCCCAAAUCACGAUGGUGCAGAUGCUAUCACUGUUGGGCUAUGGUCUUUUUGGACACUGCAUCACUCUCUUUGUCACCUAUAACAUCCACUUCCACUCCCUCUUCUACAUCUUCUGGUUGGUUGUUGGUGGACUUUCUACACUACGAAUG